GUUGACUUGGGCUACUGAUUCGCGUUGGUGUUAGUUGUGCCGUGUAUGCCACAUAGGUAUACCUGUUGUGCCGUGAGUCUAUCAAAAUGGACUUGCUCAACAAUAUCGUUGCAUCGGCUGAGGUUAUGUCGUUAAAACCAUUUACGGAGCUAUUGCAAGCCGUUUUCGCUGUACUGGCAACAUUGAACUUGAAGGUAGGAGGGUAUCCGGAGCAAAACGUCUUACAAAAUAAUACAUGUUACGAUAUAAUAAUUGUCGGCGCGGGUUCAUCUGGCUGCAUCCUGGCCAACCGACUCUCUGAGAUCUCAAACUGGACAGUGCUGUUACUGGAGGCCGGAGAGGAUCCUUCCAUCGAAUCCACGAUACCCGGAUUAUUUCCAUUUGUUGAUUACUCGUACGAAGAUUGGAACUACAGAACCGUUAAGAACAAUUAUUCAUGUCAAGCGCAUACAGAAAAAAAUAUUCAUUUGACGAGAGGCAAAAUGGUUGGUGGCUGUAGUGGAUCAAACUAUAUGUAUUACGCCCGAGGGAACAGACAUGACUAUGACUCUUGGGAAGAAAUGGGAAACAAAGGGUGGGACUACAAAUCAGUACUUCCAUAUUUUAUUAAAAGUGAACGACUUGAAGAUGACACAAUAUUGAAGAGCCCCUCUGGAUCUUUCCACGGGACAGAAGGUUACCUCGGUGUUACAAAACCAGACUGGGGGGAUAGGGUAGACGACUAUUUUACAGCAUUCCAACAAAAUGAACGUAAAGUUCUAUUGGACCAGAACGGACCGGAGCAGAUGGGUUACGCACUACCGACAUUUACUGUUGCUGAUAAUGUUCGCCAGAGCACAGGCUACGCUUUCUUGAGACCCAUAAAAAAUCGUAAAAAUUUGUUUCUUUCAAGAAAGUCUUUCGUCAGGAAAGUUUUAUUUAAUGAUGCAAAAGAAGCAGAAGCUGUAGAAGUCAUUCAAAAUGGUAAAAUACUGAUAAUUAAAGCAAGACAAGAAAUUAUACUAUCCGCUGGUGCAAUAAACAGCCCGCAGCUAUUGAUGCUGUCAGGGAUCGGCCCAAAAGAGCAUCUAACUGAGAUGGCCAUUUCAGUUAUCAGUGAAUCACCAAACGUCGGAAAAAACUUACAAGAUCAUGCCACUGUUCCACUCAUCAUAACUGAAAAUAAAAGCAAGAUCACUGUUGUUCAAAAUGUUGAAACAUUUACCAAUUUAAAUGAGUUGCCCGUACCGUGUCUUAUGGGAUUCGCUGCCGUCAAUAAAACGCAAACUAUACCAGACUACCAAGUAAAAUUUUUCGUAUAUCCCGUUGGUACCGUAAUUCCUGUUUGGAUUUGUAACUUUGUAUUCGGUUUGGCUGACAGCAUUUGCGUGUCUAUGGCGAAGGCAGCACAGAAAAAAGGUGUUAUUUUAGCUCUUGUAGUCCUUUUGUAUCCAAAAUCAACUGGUAAAGUUGUUCUUAAAAGCAAAAACCCUGAAGAACCUCCCUUAAUUUACACAGGCUAUUACUCUCAGGAUGAAGAUUUAGAAAAUCAUGCAAAAUACAUAGAAGACUUUUUGACCGUGCUCGAUACAGAACAUAUGAGAAAAACUCACGCGCAACCUCUGAACCUAAAUGUAAAACAAUGCAAAAAUCACAAGUUUAAUACCAGAAAAUAUUGGAAGUGUUUUGCUUUGAAUGUAGCUACAACUCUCUGGCAUCCUGUCGCUACUUGCGCUAUGGGUCCUGAAGGAGUUGGGGUAAUUGAUGACAAACUGAGAGUACAUGGUGUGAAGAAACUGAGAGUCAUUGAUGCCAGUUCGAUGCCGAAGAUUGUCGGUGGGAAUACAAAUGCUCCUACUAUCAUGAUUGCUGAUAAAGGAGCUGAUAUCAUUAAAGCUGAUUACGGCUUAUUGUGAUUCCUACGUAAACAAUAUUAAUGUAUAUUAGAAUGUUUACAAAUAAAUGAUUUUCUUAAUUCU